ACUACUACCACAAUAAUGACUUAUUCGGAUCAAAAUAGCCUCAACAAAAGUAUAAGCCAUGCCAAUUCCACAUCCAUAUUCGGUCAGGCCCGCCGCAAAAUGUCAUUCCGGCGGAAGAAGUUACCGGUAGUCCAGUCCGAAGCUGUAGGGAAGAAGCACCAGCGGAAAUUCUCUCCGGUGAAGAUUUUCCGAGGAGACCGAUUGAAGGGGCAGAAAUUGCGGUACUUAGGUAUGAAGAAAAUAAAAGAAUGUUAUUGGUUGGCGGUAAACGACAUAUUGGAAGGAUACGAAGCAAUUGAUACAUUCCAGCGACAACUUGUAGCAGAUACCUCUUUUGCUAUUCCGAUGAUGACUCUUUCAUUCACUACUCUUCCAAAUCAUCGUGGUAUUUGAAAGCUAAGCUGAAAAUUUUAAGACUAUCUACGUACCACCUCCAUUCAAACUUUAUUUAUCGAAUUAUAUUGUUGUUUAUUUGUUAUUUUUGAUU